GUUUCGCCUUUGUCUGAAUCACACACGAAGAAACAGAGCGACAAUAGAAAGAAGAGAAAAAGAGAGAGUUUCUUCGCCGGAAAGAAAAAUUAAAUUAAAAUCUUCCGCCAAUGUCGUCUCGCCGGAGAGUUCUUCUGAAAGUCAUCAUCCUCGGAGAUAGCGGGGUUGGGAAGACAUCGUUGAUGAAUCAGUUUGUGAAUCGCAAAUUUAGCAAUCAGUAUAAAGCGACGAUUGGAGCAGAUUUCUUGACUAAAGAGGUUCAAAUUGAUGACAGGAUCUUCACUUUACAGAUUUGGGAUACUGCUGGGCAAGAAAGGUUCCAAAGUUUGGGAGUUGCUUUCUACAGAGGAGCUGAUUGUUGUGUUCUUGUGAACGAUGUCAAUGUUAUGAAGUCUUUUGAGAAUCUUAAUAACUGGAGAGAAGAGUUCUUGAUUCAGGCUAGCCCAUCAGAUCCUGAAAACUUCCCGUUUGUCGUGUUGGGAAACAAGACCGAUGUUGAUGGUGGCAAAAGCCGAGUGGUUUCUGAGAAGAAAGCAAAGGCAUGGUGUGCAUCUAAAGGAAACAUUCCUUACUUUGAGACAUCUGCCAAAGAAGGGUUCAAUGUAGAUGCAGCUUUUGAGUGCAUUACCAAAAACGCAUUCAAGAAUGAACCUGAAGAAGAACCGUACAUGCCAGACACCAUUGAUGUUGCUGGAGGUCAGCAACAAAGAUCAACAGGGUGUGAAUGCUAAUCACAGAGAGGGUACUACUAGUCUACUAGUAUUCUGUUUUUCUUUUUCAAAUUUUUAUUUUGUACCACACAAUAUCAAUUGUAAUGUCAGUUCGUUGAAAUGAUUUGUUUUCCAAUAACAGACGAUACAUUAAAAACAUGUAAUUUCAUCA